AAGAGUUCUCUACAAUGCAGGUUACAGAGGUGAAAGGAGAGGAUGUCGUUUGCUUGAUUAAAAAUUCUGCCACCUUGGCCGGACCAUUGUACACAUUACAUGUCUCCCAGAUCCUUAUUGAGUUGCCAACUCUUACGGACAAAGAUAAGAAGGUUUUAAGCAGUUGGGCGGUUCGAAACAAAAUAGAUAUCCUUUCACUGUCAUACACGCGAUGUUCGACAUGCCCGUGAAUUUCUAUCUAAGCUGGGUGAUCUUAAUCAAACAGAGAUUUUCGCUAAGAUAGAAAAUGUGGAGGAAAUGGGCAACUUUGACGAGAUUCUCGAAGAAGCUGAUGGCAUCAUUCUCUCUCGUGGAAAUUUAGGGAUAGAUCUACCACCUGAGAAGGUGUUCCUAUUUCAAGAGGCAGCUGUUCACAGGUGCAAUAUGGCUGGUAAACCUGCUGUGGUCACUCGUGUUGUGGACAGUAUGACUGAUUACUUGCGACCCACUCGUGCUGAGGCAACAGAUGUUGCCAAUGCUGUAUUGGAUGGUAGUGAUGCAAUUCUUCUAGGUGCAGAGACCCUGAGAGGUCUAUAUCCUGUUGAGACUAUUUCCACUGUUGGUAAAAUUUGUGCAGUGGUAAAUUUUACCUCAUUGCUGUUCUACGUAUGCCUGAUGCCUACCAUUGUGAAUUCGUUGUCAAUGGACCCCCUGAUUGUCUUCUUUGAAUCUUCUUUUCCUCGUUCUGUCAUUUGUUCUUUAUACUAUAACAUUGUAAUCAUCGACCUUCAGAGUACAAUUUCUAUUGACUCAAUGUCACAUUUUUGGUAAGAUUGAACAGUAUCAUAUAUAUGGAGCACAAAGUACACCUAAUAUCAGAAGUAGCAGUUAAUAGACUAAUGUACUCCUGUAUUGAACUAUUGAUGCCAUAUAAAGUAAAAGCUGUGUUGACUUGACGUAUUACCAUGAUUCUGGUCCUACCUUACAAAAAGCACAAUUAUGUUGAAUUCAAUGUUUAUUCUUUUCUCAUAGUGGAGCUGAUAAAAUUUAUUCUGAAGAUCAGAUAACUUUUCUAAAGCAUACCCCCUAAAGUGAAAUUGAGUGCGCCAAAAGCACUUUAAUCAUGUAUAGUGAAAGUUCUAGAUGUUUGAAAGGAUUUCAGUUCAUAAGUGGUAAAGUCUUAACAUACAUCAAAGGUACAUGGAUAGGCUUGCAGUAAGUAAUUUUAAAUGGCUCAUGCUCAGUGCAAGUUGUUGAGGACAAUCAAUUGCUGCGAUGGUGUGAAUCAGUCAUGCAGCUAUGGAACAAAUGAAUUAGGAAACAUAUUUACUCAGACUGAUGCUUGGUGUUAAAAAGUCUCUUAUUGUUAAGAGGGAUUUUUCCCCAUCCUUGCAGAUCCAAGACAUUUGGUAGGAAAAUUUUCAUCUGUUCCACCCUAAAUAAGUGAUUUCUUUCUAGAGCUGCUGCAGUUCUUUUGUGAUAGGCAUCAUGUAACAUUAUGAAUAUUCGGCUGAAGUGUAUGUUGGAUUCUCUUACAUCAUGUGGCAAUGUAUUAUUUGUUAGUUUUCA